AUGCCGACUAACCUGCGGAACCAGGCAAGGCCACUUGUUAGCACUCUGUGGAUCAUAAGCUUAAGCCUGGCAAUACUUCCCACCAUCACAAAUGGACAGCAGCAAACCUCUACCCCGCCUCCGCCGCCUAUUCGAACCAGCUUUCAGUUCAUUAGCGCCAAUCCGAACAUCUUUCGAAACACGACGCAAAUGCUCUCCAGCCGCGGCUUCUCCAGCGAGCUGCACUACCCCGUCACAAAGGACGGCUACAUCCUCACCACGGUCCGCGUCAUCAAUCCCUACAUCACCGACCGGAGCAAUCUCCGGCCGAUUCUCUUUCAGCAUGGCCUCUUCGGCAACGCCGACGACUUUCUCCUGGCCCCCGAAGGUCGGCUCGUCAACGGCGUCUACUACGAGAUGCCCGGCUUUGUGGCCACCAACUGCACCGGCGGCAAUGGGACCGAGCCGGUGAGCACCAGUCUGAUGCUGGCGCUGGCCGCCUGCGGCUACGACGUCUGGCUGAGCAACUACCGGGGCAAUCGGUACAGUACGAGGCAUGUGGUCCUCGACCAGAGCGACGCCGAGUACUGGACCUUCAGCGUGGACGAGUACGCCCUCUACGACAUUCCCACCAAUAUUGAGUACAUUCUCUCGGUCACAGGGAGAGCCGAACUGGGCUACGUCGGCCACUCGCUGGGCACCUCGGCCAUGUUCCAGAUGCUGUCGGCGAGGCCGCAGUACUCCGCCCUGGUCCGCCCCUACAUAGCCCUCGCUCCGGUGGCUCAUGUGGCCAAUAUUCGGGCACUGUUGCUUCAGGUGGCCGCACACACGACGCCCCUUAUUGACACUCUUGGAAUCCUCAACGCGCCCUUCUUCGGCCUCAACAGUGGCCUGCUCUCGCUGCUCGACCAGGCCAUCGCCUCGCUGAUCUGCGGCAAUGACCUCCUUCGGCCGCUGUGCACCAUCUUCCUCUUCUCCCUCUGCGGCUUUGACUCUGCAAAUACAGACGAUAACAUGGUCAUCGAGGCGUUCGGCCACUUCCCGGACGGCACCUCCAGCCGCGUGCUGGCCCACCUCGGCCAGCGAGUCGUUCGCGAUGACUUUAACUUCUUCGACUACGGCCCACGGAAGAAUAUGGAUCUCUAUAGAACGUCACAGGCACCUGCCUACAACCUGUCGGCCAUCACCAAUCGCUACAUGAUCUUC